AUGGAAGACGUGCAUAGUAAUUUUGUUGCUGACUCUGAAAAUGAGAAUGUUGUUCAAAAUACUAAUAUAGUGGAAGAAGAAGGGUUAGGAGAUGAGGGCUCGAUUGUGCCUGAGGUGGGUAUGCAAUUCACAGAUGAAAAAGCAAUGUUUGAGUUCUAUAAAAGAUAUGCAUAUGACAUAGGUUUUCCAGUUCGGAAGAGGAAUUCGAAAAGAGGAGAGGAUGGAGUUCUAAGAUAUGUGACCUUUACAUGUAGUCGUGAAGGUCGAAGAAGCACUAAUGUUGUUGGUUCAUUGAAGCCUCAACCAACAAUUCAGACGGAUUGUAAAGCUAGAAUCUCUGCUUCUUCGGAUGAUAAUGGAACUUGGAGGAUCAACACAGUCCACCUCUAG